AUGGCCUCCGCAUUGUCCCAGCAAUACCUUCAAAUCCAAAUUCAGGAUGAUUUAAAAUAUGAUAUUCGUAUCGAAAACGCGGACCUUGAGAGUGGUCAAUUUUACAGAGAGGAUGAUCGAAACGAUAUUUUAUCGUCUGACGAUGUCGACGACAUGGUUAUUCGCCAUAACGGUGGUAUACGGACCGUCUGUUCUAUGUACGGGUCUCAAGGAAGCAUCGAUCUCGUUGACGAUGUAAAGGAUACGAGGAUUUGCAGUCUAGCCUGGAGAGCUUCUAUGGAGCCCGGAGAACCGAAUGAAUUCAGAAAACUCAACCACGACUCAAAGUACAUGGUUGAAAUUGGCAAAUGGAAUGAAACCGGUACUAUGGGAGCGAUCCCUGUUACCAUUAAGGAGCAAUCUUGA